CACACCUUCCUUCACCUUGCCUUAGGAUCGGUGUGUGCAAGAUGUGAACCUCUCCCAUCUCUGCACUCACCUCGGUGACAGGAGAUGGCAUGCUCGACAUCCAUCUCAUGGCACAGUUCACCAAAGAACCAGCAGGAGAGGGAAGGCACCCAGCUGCUUGCACCUUCCUCACCCACGCCCACUCCCACGCCCACACCCGUUCUCACACUCAUUCUCGCACUUCACUCACCUUCACCUUCACCCUCACUGCCUUUCAACCACUUUUUUCCAUCAUCGCUACCACCGUCACCGUCACCAAUCGCGAUCUUCACUUUCUCCGUAUUAUCACUACGAUAUCAAUACCACAGACACCUCACAUGUAAUAUCCUCUCACUACCAUGGAGGCGUUAUAUGAGGGUAUGCGUCGCAUGAUGCAGAGGCGCAACCGCAAUAACGCCCUCGCUAACCGGAACUCUAUUGAGCUUCCCCCUGCUCCUCUCUCAACUCCCUCGGGAUCGCGUCCUCAGUCAUUUAAGAUGAUGGAGGAGAGACACCUUCACCGAGCAAGAGCUCUAUCACACCCUGUUCCUCCCAAUCCUCCCAACUCACCCCGCCUCCAAGAAAACAUGCUCACCCAAGAUCCCAACUUGAUUCGGGACUUUUAUAUGUCUCCCCUUGUUGUUAGGGCAGCACAUGGCCUGGCUGUUCUUGAGCCCUUGGAUCUGGAACAAUACGAGAUGAGAGAUGACCAGCCGACUAACAGCACUACAGACGAGAACGAUGAGUCUCUCCAGCGCUACAAGGAGUCUCUCGGCCUUGGCGGCGGCAAGGACCUCUCUGACGCUUCUGACCCCCGUGUCUGCAUCAUCCUCUCCCUGACCAUGGAGUCUCCCGGUCGCGACCCCGUCACCAUUGACCUGGCUGCUCCUGGCUCUGAGGCGACCCUCAAGGAUAAGCCCUUCAAGAUUAAGGAGGGCGCCAAGUUCACCAUGGUUGCCAAGUUCAAGGUCCAGCACGAGAUUCUUAGCGGUCUGCAGUACGUCCAGGUCGUCAAGCGCAAGGGAAUCAAGGUCAGCAAGGACUCUGAGAUGCUGGGCAGCUACGCUCCCAACACCGACAAGCAGACCACUUAUACCAAGCGCUUCCAAGAGGAGGACGCUCCCUCCGGCAUGCUCGCCAGAGGUCACUACAACGCCAUUUCCAGCUUCGUCGAUGACGACAAGAAGACUCACUUGACCUUUGAGUGGUCUUUCGACAUCGCCAAGGACUGGUAG